AUGGCGUCUCUUCCCUUCGUGGGAACGUUAGAGUCAGAUGACGACGUAGACCAGUUGGAUAACGAUAGUGAUAGUGAGGAAGAAACAGAAAAGGUAGUUUGACAUUAGGCUUAAGACCUCUUAAUGUGAAAUAAUGUUUAACUGUGAUUAGUUUGGUUUGCAGUCUGUCAGGAGAAGCAGAACUAAGAAGAAAGGAAAUUUGUCUUUUGAUGAUGAUUUCAAGUUCAUUUCUGGAGGGGGGCUUGAAGAUAGCAACGAAGAUCCGUGGAAUCUGGAUGCAGCCAUUAGAUUUGCAAAACACAAACAAGAAUCAGUGAGUUGAUGAUCUAAUCGUGAGAACCAUAUGAACAGCCGGUGAUUUCAUAAUCCACAAUUUGUGGUUCGACAGUAAACACGUGCUGUGCUCUCGUGUUUAGGGUUAUGCUGCAUAAAUGAUGUCUGAAAUAUAGCGUUUCGUCAGCUGUCACGAUCAUUUUGUGGACGAUUGAGUUGUUUCCUGUCCUAUAUUAUUUGUUGUAUCACAAUUUGUGGUUCGACAGCGAGCUUCUGCUGUGCUCUCGUGUUCAAGGUUAUGCGGUAUAAAUAUUAUACUAAAAUAUGGCGUUUCAUUUGCUGCCGUGGUCAUUUUGUGGACGACUGAAUUGUUUUCCAUCCUAUAUAAUAUUUUGUAACUACAACCUGUUCUGAUCGGAAUUAAAGUCGGAAUGUAUAUGGCGGGUGAAGUUCCGACCAAGGGAAUUGUAUGAGGUUCGUGUUGUUCAUAGUAAGACCUGUCUACACGAGAGGUGCUCCUUUAAUUUUGUUUUCUUACGUAUCUCGCUAGCCACAGAAAAUGCACUGAUUGAAAUAUUGAAGAAAAUUAUUUACAAUGUUUGUAAAAAUAUUCUCGCACGUAUGUGAUGCUCACUGUUCGUAUUGAGUUCACUGGUUGAAGGACUACAGUCUGUUUACUUUUUUGUUUGUUUGUUGUUUUUUUUUGUUAGAAUAGUAACUCAUCAAGCCUUCAAGACAAAAUAGUGAAGAGAAGAGAGUUAAAGAAGCAGGUAUGCCUUACAGGUGUUGCUUUAACAGAGGAUGAUAGGGUAUUUUUGUAAAAGGGCGAGGGGAGCAAUUUUUUUUACUCUGUCAUUUACGUGUGCAAAUUACAAAUAGCACACACUGUCAAAAUUUUGUUUGUCUUUAUUUGCUGUGAAGUUUUUUUCAUGUAAAUUAUUCAUAAGUAAUAAUAUAAUAUCUUGUGCAAAUUGGUGAAAAUAAUUUCACAUGUCUUACAGGCUCAUGUAAUUUUGUUGUCUUUGAAAAAUUCACUUGUGCUUAUUGACACCGAAUUGCAUGAGAAAUCAUGUUAUUACCUAUAUUUUUCACAGAUGUCAUCCAUUCAACACUUGAUGACAGAAAAAAGCCAGCUUUUUUCCAACUUGAUUUAACCCUCAUAUAUACAUGUAUGUGAUCACUUGCAUGUUUAUAAUAUUUAACAGUGAAUUGUAGUUUGCUUAAAAUACUGCAGUUGUAACAACUUGAACAAAUUUUUAGAGGAAAUCAGAGAAGGAGAACUUACUUAGUCAAACUAUAGUUGGGGAAGAAGAUGACAUCAAAAAUCAGAGUAAAGGGAAACAAGAAAAGGAGAUGGAAGGGAAUGGUGUGAAUAACAUAGGUGAGUAACAUUUCUGUGAUGCAUAUGUACUUUAAUUUUAAACUGAUUUGUAGGUUGGGUUAAUGUUACUGAAGCAGAGCAAAAUUUCAGGUCAUGUUGGUUUAAAAUUAUAGUUUGAUUACAAGUAAAUUUUAAGCUGCAACAUCCUUAUGUAUUUUGUACAUGUACUUUAACAUUAAUGUUAAAAUAUAGUUAGUUUAGAUUUGUAGGUCUAAUAAAUGAGGUAGCACAUGAGUCAAUGGAAGAGAGGGAAAACAAACUGAUUCAAUCUGAAAUUCAUUUUAAAUUGUAAAAUGCAGCUACUGAGUGUAGUUGUUUUGAUUUUCGCUUUUUUAUGAUUUAAGUUUCUUGCCAAUCUGCCCUUUAUUAAGCAACCAGCCCCUUUUUUUUCAUCUUUUCAAUAUUUUGGGUUGCUUGUUAAAUAAACUUUUCCUGCUGGAAAAUACUCAUUUUUGGCUGUUUUAAGCCCUUCUAACAAACCUGCUUAGUUAUGCAACUAUGUACAUGUAUGUAUGGAAUAAUCCCUCCAAUCUCAACUCCCAAGGGAAACAAAAAAUGUGGGAUUUAACAGGGGUUCAAGUUAGCUGGUAGUAAAUGACUGAAAAAAUGGGGUUAAGAGAAUCAGAUCUUGAGAAAGUUACCGGGAAGUUUGACUCAACCCAGUUAAGUGAACAGGGUUCUACUGUAUAUUGUAACUUACUAUUGUUGUUGAUCUAGGUAACUUAACACCUCAGUCACAGUAUCAAUACACAAUGUUUAUGUGUACUACACUCUACAGCUGUGGCAUUGCUGAUCAGAGAAAGAUAUUUAUCAUUUUUUCUGUAGACAAUUCCAUGCAACAUUCAGAUGAUGAAGACAGCACUUCAGAAGAUGAAGAAACUAUUGAUAAGGUAUGUGUAAAUGUUAAUCCUCUAACCCUGAAGAGUGACUAGCAUCUAAUUUCUUUUUACAGUAGUACCCCUGAAUCAUGCACAGAGGUUAUGAGUAUAAAGAAAAUUAUCAGCUAAAGAAGCUGUUGAUUGUUACACCAAUUCUCCCUGUCAGCACCCUAGGGAAUGUAUGGAGAACAGUAUGGAGAAUAUACAUACUGAUUUUAUGGUGUAUAGGGUUAAGGCAUAUCUGAAUGUUCCUAGUUUGUAGGAUCAUAUCAAAUUGGACAUAGAAAAAAAUUGGUAAAUCAUUGUUCAGACACUUAGUUGUAACAGAUACAUGUAGAGUUUAUUAGGUGUAUACAUUGGUGUUUUUGUUUGACAAACAUCUAGAAAUUAAUACAAUGUAAGUUUUCCAAACUGUUUGCAAACCCUAAAUCAAGGUUAAAUUCAGGACAUGGCACAAGAAUAUAAAUGAAUGGUUUUAAGAAAUUAUUAUCUUGUUAGUUAGAUGUUUCAUUUGGUAAACCCAAUUUGUUUGCAAAGAAAUAUAUAUUCUUGUUACAAAAUAAGACUAAGAAGUUUUGGAGUAUGGUAUAUGCAGAGGUGAAAUGUCUUAUUUGGAUUGUCACGGAGAUCCUGUGGGACUUAUGUGCAUUACAGAAGUGUUGGUUUGAAUUGAUGGAGAGGUCUUAAAAUUUAUGUUCUGAUUUAUUUUCAGGUUAUUGAGAAGAAAAAUAAGUUUUUUGAAGAACCUCCACCUCAGCUGAAACAUCAAAAUUUUGCAACAAUGAACUUGUCAAGACCUUUAUUAAAGGUAAUAUAUGAACAUCUUUGCAUGCUGUCUUUAAAUAAAGACUGUCACUUUUUUAUGUCUGUCAAGUACAAAGCUUUAAAUUGCUGCAAUUUGUUGGUAAUGUGUAUGGGGCUGUUUGUGUCAGAGCACUUUUGUCAACACUUUGUUUAAAAUUUGGUCUUGGAUUAAAGAAAACCUUCAAACCCCUUGAGCUGUAGGCUUUUUAAAAUUUCUUCAUCCUACUGCAUAUGCAUAUGUAUUUAAUUUAUACAGUUUGAAUCAAAGGAAAUGACACAAGGUAACAAGUUGAGAAAACUUGAAAAGCAGAGGAACAUUUGUACCACAAGAUCUUUAAUGAAAUUUUACAGUAAACUGAACCUAUGAAAAAUCCUUGCAGAUUAUCCCCAGCUCAAUCUGAAUGCUAGAAGGACAGUAAUCAUGUUGUGCUUGCAAUUGUGUAAAAAAAUUUGGUCAGUUUAUGCACUUGCCUUUGUAAUUGGAAGGUACUCAUCAUUUGCGUUUGUGCUGUUUUGUACUUGUACAUGUACAUCUGCAGACUAUUGGGGUCAUUCUCUAAUGGUAAUCUAUAGUCAGCCAGUUGCUCAAAGGGGGAUACCUCUAUCUAACUGAUAAAUUGCUAUUCAGUGGAUAAGUGUUAACAGAACAUACAGUGCUAUCCUUUGGUUAGAGAUUGACCUCAGUAGAUAGCAUCAUCCACUGUUCAAACAACCAGGUCCAGGGCCCAGUUGUAUAAAGGGAAGAUAACACUAUCCAAUGGAUAAAUUGCUAUCUGGUGGAGAAGUGAGAGAACAAUGUACUGCGCUUUCCACGGGAUAGAGAUUUAUCCAGUGAAUAGAGUUAACAUAGCUUCAAAUAACCAGGGCCAGAUCUAUAGUUAUGUCAACCAAUGGGAGUUUGUUUCACACAUUUUGUCAUAGUUUUGAUUAAUUGGAAACAGGACUUUGUGUCAUCCAAUUCAUUCAGCAAUGAUACAGUGUACUCCUUGUGAAGAAACUGGACUCCCAUUUUGCAGUCAUUCAAUUUCUUUGGUAAUCACUGGUAUAGACUGAAUAUUAGACUACUGUACAUGUAUACUUUAUCCUAUUAUGGGACCACAAUUUACGUGACUGUGUAUUUCUCCAGGCUAUAAAUGAGUUGGGAUUCAAUCACCCCACGCCUAUCCAGGCAUCAACUGUUCCAGUGGCCCUGAUGGGUAAAGACAUCUGUGCAUGUGCAGCUACAGGAACAGGUUGGUAAAUUUGCAGCAAAUUUAAGCUCAAUUUGAUGAUUUUCAAGACUUAUUGAUUAAUGAAAUAUGUGAAUUAUAGUAAGAAACAUUUUUUUUAUUACUCAUCAUACAGCUAGAUGUAGCUGUCUUGUCAUUUGAAUCUUUUAAAUUGUUAUUAAAAUUUUUCCUUUUUUUAAGGUUGAAAAUGGUUUUUUGAACCAACAUCUGGUCAGAUUUUUUUAGGCCUCUAAUGGGUUGAUUUCAAAUUAACAGCCACCUGUUUUCAAUGUUGUUUUUACAAAUUGACAUUUUCUGCAUAUUUUUUCGGUGCCUACCCAUUCAGGUAAGACAGCAGCCUACAUGCUUCCAAUACUGGAGAGACUGAUUUACAGACCACAACAGUCUGCCAUGACAAGAGUGCUCAUUUUAACUCCCACCAGAGAACUUGCCAUUCAGGUAAAGCAGAUUAUAAACUAUGUAACUGUAUGCACUUUUCAUUUCUAUGAACCACAGGUAUGUUACUGGUUGAUAAUAAUUUUUUAUAUUGAGAAAUGAAUGUCUAGUCACCAUUUUCUCUCAAAAUAUACGUAGAGUUGCUAGCAAUAGAGAGCUUGGCAAUUACAAUUACUGUAUUAUCACAAUUGAUAAGGAUAAUGAGACAGUAGAAUUAAAUGUUCAUAUUUUGUGGUUACCUUAAUAAACAAAUGCAUAAUUCUCAACAAUAUUGAGGACUUAUGGUUGUUGAAAGGCACAUUUGCCAGAUUGAUUUAAAUUGUAAAACUGUAAAACUAAUUUAUUAAGGGCAAUUGAGUGAGCUGAGUUGUCAUUCACUCAUCAUCGGCAAAAUACAGUAUAAUCACAAUAUACAAUUUACAAUGAAGUCAUUUUGUUUCAUUUGCACUGUGACUAUAUCUUGCCUGCUUUGCUGAACACAAUUUUUGUUAGCAGUAAUAGGAUACAAAUUUUGUGUCGUACAAUGAUCUGAUAUCAGGUGAAAAAAAAUUAUGUGUAGAUGAUCCAGUCGCAUUAACAGGUGGUUGUUACAAAUUUGUGUCUAAGUGAACCUACAUGUGUAUGUUGUGAAAAUUUACCCCCUGUUUUUCAUGGUAUCAUAUGGCUGAAAUGAGGGCAUUUUUUUCUUUUUUAUCAUUUUGAAGGUGCACUCUGUGACCAAAACCUUGUCCAAACACACAAACAUCCAGGUCUGCCUGGCCACAGGUUUGUGAUGUUAUUUAUUUAUUCAUUUGUCGUUUUCAUUUAUCAGUUAUAUAUUUAUUGUAAGUUUCUGUUUAUCAGGGUAUUUUAAACCUUUAGACAGAGUGCAAGUUAAGUUUCUGUAAAUCAUGUUGAAUUUAUAGUGUUGAUCAAGUUACUGGUAUGCAUUAAAACAAGUUCUAUAAGGUGACAAAUCUUUCCAAAAGUAUGAUAUACAUGUACACACACGGUGCACACUUUCUGAUUAUGUGCAUGUAGGUCAGUUGUGCAAUAUUACACCAUCACCUGAUAGCAGAAGCUAAGAUUUACACUGUUUAUCUCUCUAAUACUGUACAUCGGACUUUCUACUGCUUUGUCCAUGCAGGUUUUCUACUGGUGCAAAUAUUCUCAUGUAUCAAAAAAGGAACAUACACAGAUUUAAGAGUUUUCAAAAUAAGCUAACAACUGGUGCAAUGUACAGUCUACUCUGAAAAACACACAAGCAAUUCUAAAUGCUUGAAGAUCAAUUUUCAGCAUGGAAACAAAACAUUGAUGGAAAUAAAACUGUGCAGUGCCGCCUACUGUGUAUUGCAGUUACUCAAAAUGUUUUUGACUACCCUGCAGACUGAGAAAAAGCAAGACAGUGUUUUGGUUAAGAAACACCUGAUCAUUUACAGUUCCCUCCUGUAACACCAUUCAGUCAAUGGCCUUCAUAAAUGUUUUACAUCUAUGUUCAAGGGGAUAUAAUAUUCUUUGCAGGUGGUUUGGAUAGUAAGAUUCAAGAAGCAGCCUUGAGGAAAGGACCUGACAUUGUGAUUGCUACACCUGGGAGGCUUGUGGAUCAUCUGCAUAACACUCCUUCAUUCAGUCUACAAACUGUGGAGAUUAUUGUCCUGGAUGAAGCUGACAGGUACACAAGAGAGACGAGCCAGUCAGUCUGUCUGACAAACAGACAGACUAAGGGACUGAUGACUGAUUGACUAGUUGUUUUGUUGGCUUAUGGACUGGUGGACUGUUCGACUGCCAGACUUCAUAACUGAAUGAUAAACUGAAAGUUGAUUGAGAACGAACUACCAACAGACAGACUCAGAGACAGAUAGAUACACAGACAGACAGGUAGACAGACAGACAGAAAGACAGACAGAAAGACAUACAGACAGAGGCGAUGAUGGACAGAUGCACAGAAGGGUAGAGGAAUAGACAUAUUUUUUUGCUCCGAUGCUCUAUUACUGUGUCACUGAUGAACCAGCCAGGUCAUAUGCUUAGUUCUCAUCUUUCAUGUAGGUAUAUUGAGAUGGUGCGUUGUUCAUGUGUGUUUCCGUAGGAUGCUUGAUGAGAACUUUAAAGAUCAGAUGGAAGAAAUUGUCAAACUUAGUCCACGAGGAAGGCAAACAAUGUUGUUCUCGGCUACAAUGACAGACGAGGUAAAUUAUGAUUCAUGGUAAAAAUUGUAUUGUAUUAUAUCGUAUUAUACAUUGUAACUUUACAUGUACGUAAGCCUAUAAUGUUUCAAUUUACAAAGCAGUUUUACGACUUCGGGUAUAAUUGUUUGAAGGGGUGCCAUGCAGAUGUAGAUGAAAUGGCUUAGUAAUCCUUUAAACCCCAAGUGUGACCAGCAUCUAAUUUCUCCCUACAAUAAUACUGCUAAAUUAUUUAUUAAGGUUGUAAGAAUAAAGGAAAUUAUAACCAACUAAAGAUUCUUUGAUUUUUAUACAAAUUCUCCUUUUUGGGAACCAAGAGAAACGUACAGAGAAAAGUAUGGAGAAUGUAGAUGCUGAUGUUAGGGCGUAAAAGGUUAAGUUAUCAGUAUAUGCACAAGUACAACCUCCAUUACAGUGCCUCUUGAUUUUCACUGUAGGUGGAGGAACUUGCAACUCUUUCACUGAAUCAACCAGUGAGGCUAUUUGUGGACAAUAACACAGACGUGGCCCACAACUUGAGACAAGAGUUUGUAAGGAUCAGGAACAACAGGGAGGAAGACCGUUUAGCUAUCGUGACAGGUACAAUAAAGAAGACGGGCAAACCAGAACUGAAACGUACAUGUAACGAGAACUGUCGGCUGACUGUAAUCAAAAAGAAAAAAAAACAAUAGAGACAAAUUAAUUAAAUGUCAAGGAAUAAAACAAUAAACACUUGAAAAUUGUCGGAAAAAAUAAUUUAUUCAAAAUUCAGCAACUGUUAGAUGUACGUUGUUCUUAAAAGUAUCUUUAAGCUUUCCCCUAUAGUCAGCAAUCUUUAUUCUUUAAUUUUCCUCUUUUCCCCCGCUUCUGUGAUGUACGUUUUCCUUUCACGUAGAAUAAAAUUGAAUUCAACAUUUUUUGUUUAUUUUGUACAUACAAUUUAAUUUCAAAUCAUUUACUUAACUUUUCUUGCAGCGCUUUGCAGUCGAACUUUCCAAGAACACUGUCUGGUAUUCUUACAAACGAAAAACUUGGCUCACAGACUACGAAUCGUCUUAGGGCUCCUCGGGUUGAAUGUUGAAGAACUUCAUGGGAACUUGACUCAGCUUCAGGUGCGUGACACUUCGUUGUACAUGAGUGUUGCGUUACUUUUGGAAUCCAUUACGUUACUUUUAUAGGUUUUGCAAUACAUUCUGGUUUGAUAUAAAGUACUGUAAUGACAUGUACUAUACUACUGUUGGUGCGAAGAACCUCACCCUCUUACUAGCAAGAGCGACCAAUAUCUUAAUUCUCUGUACAAUUUUAAUACAUCGUCAAAUGGAUAAAUAAUAAGAAUUGUGAGAUUAUCAACCAUAAAACCAAAGUACCCAUCGAUACCCAAGAAAAGCCAUCGUAUAAAUCUAUGGCUAACAGUCUUGGGGAAAAUGUAUGGGCCCAGUUGUAUGAAGGGCAGUUAACACUAUCCAACGGGUAAAUCGCUCUCCGGCGGAUAAGUGAGAGAAAAUCGUAUAGCGUGAUCCACCGGAUGGAGUUUUAUCCAGUGGAUAGCGUUAUCCAACCUUCGAACAACCGGGGCUUAGUUUUCAGCCUAAGGUGUGUAAAGAAUGUUUUAGAGAAAACUGUCAGGAUAAUGUUUUGUGUCGUAUAGAUGAGCACUUACAGUGGCUUGGGAGACUGGGGGCGGCGAGUCCUUACGGCAUGAACUGCAAACUGAUUAUUUUUUUCCUUUGCCCUAUGUCUGAGUAUGUGUACACUGUAUGUAUACUGUAAGUAUAAUGUAACCUGUAAUUACACACUGUGGUUGGAUUUUUCGUAGAUAUAUAUGUGUAAGUUGAACCAGUUUCCUGCCAGAAAGAUAGAAAAAACUCUUAGACAAAUGUAACAGGCAAAUUUGAUAAAAUUUGUUAGUAUUGAUUUUGGUUUACUCGUUUUUGUCACAUCAGAGACUGGAAGCCUUAAGGAAAUUCAAGGCUGGCGAAGUUGACAUUUUAUUGGCUACAGAUUUAGCAUCCAGGGGAUUAGAUAUUGUUGGAGUUAAAACGGUGAGUCUUUAAAUAUCUUGAUGCCUUUCCAUUUGAACCUAUAACUUCGUGGCAAUUUAUUCCCUGAAGCUAUGAUAACAUUUUUGGUGCAUCACAUCUUGAUAAUUAGGGGUCGGUGAAGAUAUCUUUUACUUUGAAGACAGGUCAAUCCCUUGUUGCACGUUUUAUGUUCAUAAUUAUAAAUGUGUUGUACUCAAAAUAUUGUUGUAAUGAUGUAAAAUCGUCUGUCUCGCGCUGUUGUCGCUUCCGAUGUGAUUUGCGCCUGAUGAAGACCAGCAGCAGGUAGGCGAAACGUUGCGAUCCACAUCGAAAGUCCCGUACAUCGUGACACAAACGAUAAUGAUUUUUUUAGUGCAUUCGCCACCAUGAAUGGGCAAAACUUUUUAUUCUAUCACUGCAGUUUACACUUAUAGUUUAUUCUACGCUAUGCUAGCGUAUUUUUCUCCAUGCAUUUUGUUUAGCAUGGUAAGCAUGUCGUGAUUGGUUGAUGUCAUUUCUUUGUCUUGGUUUUGAGAAACUCAAGUCGAAAACUUAUUCCUCUCUCGACAGGUGAUAAAUGCAAGCCUGCCACCAACAAUGAAACAGUACAUUCACAGAGUGGGAAGAACGGCUCGUGCAGGACGGAGUGGGAGGUAAAAGAAAAGGGAAAGAUUAGAACCACUUCAUCACGUGAUUUGAAACAGUAUUUUGGAGAGCUAGGAAAAUAAUUGACUGUUCCGUGUAAUAUUUGCUACGUUGGUAAAUCCAUCCUUAUACCUAUAGAUCCGUGUCACUAGUUGGAGAGAAAGAAAGAAAAUUACUGAAAGAAAUUGUGAAAUCAGCAAAGACGCCUGUGAAAAGUAGAAUAGUCCCUCCGGGUAAGAAUGUGUUUCCGCUUUUUUUUAACAUUCGGCUUGUUUAUCUAUAAUUUUAACAACGUUGGAUCAAAAUUAGUAAUUUUUUUUCCUUCUCAGAGGUGAUUGAGAAAUACAAAGGUAAAAUCCAAGGACUUGAUAAAGACUUGAAGGAUAUUCUAAAACAAGAAAGCGAAGAAAAAGAGGUAGGAGAUUCUCAAACUUACAACAAAAAUUUGCAAGGGAACAGAGCCAUUCUCAGAAAUUUCCCUCAACACCUGAACCCAAGAUAGGCACUUUUUUAAAAAGUGACGGUGUGGUGUUCAAAUUUUGACUUCCUUUACCCUUUACAACCUAACAUUGGUAUUCAUAUUCCCCACACUUUUCUCUUUACAUUCCUGUGGUACUAACAAGGAGAAUUUGUUUGACGAUCAGGAGCUUCCUAAAUUGGUGAUCAUUUCCUUUUUUCUCAUUAACUUUACAUCUGAUUUAAGGGUGAUAUUGUAAUAAGAAAUUAGAAGCCAGCCACUCUUAGGGAUUUUUUUUUUACCUGGCCACCCUAUUUACAGAACUUUGGAGUUGAGCUGACAUGUUGACACCGAUGGCUAUAUGUCUUUCUUUUUUGCACUUAAACUUGGUAUAAAUGAAAUUAUGAUUCCAGUUUGCGGGACGCAUUUUCGCACCCGUAAUAAAUCUUAAGACUAGCUAAGUUUUGGUUUGGUGAUGCUUGGAAGGAAAAUGCUUUACUCGACUGCUUUCAGUUUAAACCGUUUGUUUUCUCUUCAGCUGAGGAUCUCUGAGAUGGAGAUGAAUAAGGCACGCAACCUUAUAGAACACGAGGAAGAAAUUUUCUCCAGGCCUCCUCGGGUGUGGUUUCAGAGCAAAGCAGACUUGAAAAGGAAGUCUGGUGAGAACUUAGAACGGAACUGUGAAAAUUCUCUUUCCUGUACAGCCGUAUACUCUUAGUGUUUAAUGUUUUUGUGUAUUUGUUGUUGACAGAUAAAGCACCGAAUGAUCCGGCCAGCAAGAAAUCUAAACAAGAUAAAAAGAAAAAGAACACAGCAAACAUAAGUGAAAGUGUAAGCGUCCUGUAUUUUUCCAUAGUUCAUUAUGAGUGUAGUUACAAAAGUGGAAAAGAAGUAAAAUCAGCAACAUAUAUAUAACUGUUUGAGGUAUUUUGGGCUGUACAAUUGUACCACGACACAUACAGAAGCCUAUACAUGUCUGAACCUGUUCAUUUGACGUCUCUCUCGCACCAAUGGUCACAAGGCUAUUAAAAGAAACUUUUGUUAUGGUGCUGUUCUAGUCAAAGCGAUGUCUUAUUUAACCCCCUUUCGUUAGUUUUCCCAUUUAAAGACGUGCAUGUAUCUAUAAAAUUAGCCAAGUCAUGGCGAUACCGAAAAGAUCCUAGCUUUUGCAGCUUGCAGUUCAAGUUCAACUCUUUGCCCCAUCUCCGCCGCAAAUUGCAAAAGAAUAUUCUUAGUGUGAUUUCUCUUUUUGAGUUUUGUUGACCUUCAUUUUGCCAUGUUAGGAGGAAGACAAAAAGAAACGAAAAGAAGCAGAAUUCAUCACGCGGGAAGCUAAGAGAUCGAGGAAAAAGAAACGGUUACACGCGUUUCCACCGGACAAACCCGACCUCAAACUUAAAGGUUUCUUUUCUGCUUCUCUUGCUACACUAUUUCAUAUUCACCGAAACGUGACGUUGUUUAAUGGAACAGAACUUAAUGUGUCGUGAUACAUUGACUUUUUGCGCCUCCUUAUUUUCAAGUUGAUGGGAAGUCAUAUUGCUACUGUAUACCUUUCUCUAUAGGAAAAUCAUCGAAGACGAAAGCAACUAACAGUGGUAGCAGUUCGCGACUGAAGGCUUUUGAUAAAGAACUUACGGAUACAAGUAAAAAGGCGCUUAAAACAUUUAGAAAGAGGUUUGCCAGUUUUCGUUUGAUAGCGUGACUUUUAGAGGGUAUUGAAAGUUCUUGUUUACGACUCGUUGGCUUUAAUGAGAAUUUGAAUGGUAACCAGUGGUGGUCUCGGCAAAAGCGAUGUGAAAUUGACUGCUCAUUAGUGGGUGUGACACAAUACAUUCAUUGACUGAUCUAUUCUUUCAUUCACCCAUCUAUUAAUGAUUUCAGUCAGUAUGGAUGUUUCCAACGGAUGUUGACAUAUAUCUAUUGUCAUUACUUACAGAAACAUUUCCUUCUUUAUUAUUCAGUUCAACACCUGAUGAGGCAAAGAAAUUUAAGAAAAAUCCAGGAAGAUUUAAAUCCAAGAAAAGGUUUGCCAAUUGUAGAGUUUGUUCUGCAAGUUAGCUGUAAUCGAUUCGAAAGUUUCCUUGACAGAUCCUAAAGAAGUCAGUUGAUAAUAGAAAAUUGAUUGACCUUUGGUCUUGUUGAGUUUAUUAGUUUGCGAAGAAAUUGCGUCUUACUUUAUUGGGAACUGUAAACUUGUAAGUGAUAAUUAUUCUUUUACUUGUCAUCUGAUGUUUCUUUCCCCUCUUUGGUUCGUAAGUUGGUCCCUCGUCCCUUUUGUACCGUUCGUUGCUCGUACGUACGUUUUUUAUUCGUUCGUUCGUGCGGUUGUCCGUUUCGUUGUUAGUUCAUUCGUUUGUUCGUUUGUUCGUUCGGUUUUUUUUGUUUGUCUCGUCGUUUGUUCGUUCGGUUGUUCGUUUGUUCUUCGGUUGUUUGUUCGUUAGUUUGUUCGUUUGUUUGUCUCUUCGUUUAUUCGUUCGGUUCGUUCGGUUCGUUUGUCCGUUCGGUUCUUUCGUUCGUUUGUUCGUUUGUUCGUUUGUUCGUCAGUUCGUUUGUUAGUUCGGUUGUUCGUCCGUACGUACGUGCUUCCUUAUUUUCUCUCUUUCGUUUCUAUGAAUAAGAAAGUACGAAGCUCCAUCGUAAACUUUGUUUGCUAUCGUGAUUUUUGUCAUAAUUAUAUUGACUUCCUCUUUGUUUGUUUUAGGUACAAAAGGAGAUGA